AUGUCGGGCGCGGGAGAGGAGGAUUUGAGUGCAAGGCUCCAGGAGCCUGGCGAUCAGCCAUCUCGCGCAAGAGUUCGAUGCAGCUGCCGCGGAAAGCAGCUUUGUCUGGCCAUUGGAGGAAGCGUUGCCGUUCUGGGGGCCUUCUUGGCCAUCUUUCUGUCCCUGUCGUCUUCGAAGACUCCUCUUCCCGACUGUCCACCGCCAGAAACUGGCAGGCUCAGCAUCGAACUGCAACCUGCAGAGCCAGGAGAAGAUGGGACAGAUCAGCGCUGCUCAGACAAGCAGCCAAGCCUUUUCAGCAAGAUUCUUCUGGACGUCACGCGCCUCUGCAACUCCUCGCACCCGGCAGAUGACCAGGAUUGCAGCAUUGUGUAUCACACUGCAUACAUGUACUUGGAUGCAGGACAUGAAAUCGAUGUGACACUGAACUUCAGCGACCAGCAGCCAGGGACGGGACGUUGGGACUUUUUUCAAGUGGCGGCCAUCCUCCAUCAGAAUGGCUGCAAUGCAGAAUUACAACUGAGCAAGUACGAGACUGCGGACUGCUUAGAGGGCAACGCGUCUCAUCCCAAUUUCGAGGUCAGCGUGGACCCCUUGGGUCGCAUACCGGCGCACGCCAGAACGCAGCUGACCUGCAUCAGCCGGCAGAGGGCCGCCGAUGCACCGAAUGGGCGGACCAUUCGAAAAUGGCGCACCUCAGUGCCCUUGAGCGACCAAAGUGUCGUGACCAUGUGGUUCACCUGCAACUUCGUUGGCAUCGCCUGCCUGCGCACGAUGCAUUUUCAGUAUUUGGUUUGGUACUUCCAUACGAUCCCUUUUCUGGCCUAUGCCUCCUUCGGUAGUGGCCGGCUGCAUCAAGCCGCUGCAGUCACGCUGAUUACGUUGUUGGUUGAAAUUCCGUUUCUCUUGACGGAGCACGGGGAGGUGCGGGGACCAGAUGGCAGGCGGUGGACCACCGCCGGUUUGCCCACCCGCCUCGGCAGCGUCCUUCUCCAGGCCACCCACUGGCUGCUGUUGCUUCGGCUCCUCUGGAGCUCUCGGCCCAAGGGGAAGACUGACUAG